ACUGCUAUUAUCCCUUUUUCACUUUUUAUACACAGAAUUUCAUGUUUUGUACAGUCCUCUAGAAGAAACAAUAGCUCCUCCUGCCUCGAAGACAAAAAAAAGUUUUAGAAGAAUACUUGGUGGCCUCUUGGCGAGAAAAGUGGGCAGAGUGGAGGUUAUGGAGCAUAUCUUAUCCAUAAUAAGCCACAUGUCCUCCCUUCAUUUGACAGCAAGAUCCUAUUUUUAUCUUCAAUCAACACCGGAAAAUCUGAUGUCCACCACAACUUUGGUUCCUUCAAAUUGGCCCACAAAAGAAGACUUUGGUGGCUUAGGCUCGUCCAUCACUUGCCACCUCCUCUCCCACUCUUUCAAUCUUUCUGCAGAGCCUAUUCAACCCAUUCUCAUACAUUAAAAACAAAACCAAAAAAAAGAAUGGCAGCGCAGGCUCUCAUCUCUUCACCAUCCGCAAGACAGAUUGUUGGUGGAGGGCAUAUCCAGAGAACCCCCAACAGGAAGUUUUCCUCUUGUGUCAGGGCUGCUUCUACUCCUCCUGUUAAGCAAGGUGCAGAUAGGCAGCUCUGGUUUGCAUCCAGGCAGAGUCUGAGCUACUUGGAUGGCAGCCUCCCCGGAGACUAUGGGUUUGACCCACUGGGACUCUCAGACCCUGAAGGUCAAGGGGGUUUCAUGGAGCCAAAAUGGCUAGCAUAUGGAGAGGUCAUCAACGGUCGCUAUGCCAUGUUAGGGGCAGCAGGGGCCAUAGCACCAGAAAUUCUGGGGAAGGCCGGUCUUAUCCCAUCUGAAACCGCCCUCCCAUGGUUCCAAUCCGGAGUCAUCCCACCUGUAGGAGCAUACAACUACUGGGCUGAUCCGUACACGCUGUUCGUGUUUGAAUUGGCCCUGAUGGGGUUCGCGGAGCACAGGAGAUACCAAGACUGGGCGAACCCCGGGUCUAUGGGAAAACAGUACUUCUUGGGGUUGGAGAAGGGGCUGGGAGGGUCGGGCGACCCGGCCUACCCUGGUGGCCCCAUCUUCAACCCACUGGGGUUUGGGAAAGAUGUGAAGUCUAUGAAGGAGUUGAAGGUGAAGGAGAUCAAGAAUGGGAGGCUGGCCAUGUUGGCUGUCUUGGGCUACUUCAUCCAGGCUAUGGUCACUGGAGUUGGACCUUUCCAGAACCUUCUGGAUCAUUUGGCUGAUCCUGUCAACAAUAACCUCUUCACCAACCUCAAAUUACACUGAACUUAAUUGAUAAUUAGUACUCAGAUCAUCAUGUGUAUAUGGUUAGUUGUGUGACUUUGAAUACCCCUUUAUUCCUCUCCCGGUUCUUGUUGGAGCUUUCUGUAUCAGUCUUUUAUUGGACAAAAAAAAGAUGAUAAGCGAGUUUUGGAAUACAAAAUGAUACCCCUCCGUCCCAUAAAGGUUUUCCUAUUAU